UCGUCAAUCGAAGAAUAAUUUAUUAGAGCUUCUCGAAGCGUGCACGUUUAAAUUAUCAACAAUUUACUGUAAACAUAAGACCAAGAAAUUAAAGUUAACAAUGAAUACAGUAAGUCCAAAUUUAUACAAUAAUAGUGCGUUUGUGGGGGUGAAAUCUCAGAGCAACGAAGUGUUUUAUGAGCUCCAGUGUUCCCAUUUUAUCCCAAAGACACAGACUACUUGUUAUUGUGGACUGGAGUAUAAGGAACACACGACAGAAGCCAUUGGUGUUUACUCAACCAGCUCCAAUCAGAACAUUAACUGGAAUUCCGAAGAAUGCACUUCCAAAAGAGAGUCCAGAUGUCGAGGAGUCCUCCUAACGUACCGACAUGGAAUCAUAAACCAGUCGCUCUAUCUCCGUCUGGCUUACAACUCUGAAGCGAUCAGUGUGUCAAACUAUCUCAAGACAUGUUGGCGCAACCGGACCAGAAAUUGGAGCGGACCCUCGCUGGUUUUAAAUCUCUGCGCUGGAAACAAAACGCAGUUCGGGCCAUCGCAGAAACGAAGAAUACUUGAAGUUCUGUCAGAUAUUCUCACAAUUGGGAAUGUUUUGGUCAUAACUUCUGCAAUUCAUACUGGAUUCACGGAGCUUCUUGGAAAAUGCGUGGAUCAACGCUGGACUAAAACUGGCGAAAACACAAGGGUUCUGGGAAUAUGUAACUGGGGAAUUGUGAUGGAAAACGAGGACUUAGUUCGUCAGCAUCAUUCAGGAUCCAAGAGUGUGCUCUCGAACUAUCACAUUGAUAGUAAACCGGACAAUGGUAGGUUCUGGCUGCACAGCAAUGUCACUGAUUUCCUACUAGUCGACGAUGGUACGUGCCUGGAUUCGGAUGACGUAAUCGUUUCGUUCACGUCUCGGCUUUUAGAACAGUUUGAACUAGAAGUCCCGGUUGCGAAUUUGGUUUUCGAUGAUUCGGAAUUUGCAAUGAAAAUUUGCGGAAAAGCACUUGAAACAAACCAGAAUAUUUACGUUAUAGAACGAGGGGGUUCUAAAACUAACGUUUUAAGCGGGUUAAUUGAUGCUUUGAAGUCUGAUACAGGAUCUGAAUUCAGCAUAGAAGAAGUAAAGUCUCAUGCGUUGCUGGGGCCUGAUCAACAAGAGACAAUUCAAGAUUCAAUUUUGAGCAAAAUUAAUUCCAAGGAGUCGUUAAUUUCUCAAAUUUUCAAGAUUCCUCUCACCCAAAAUGCCGACUUAGCUGUGAACUUUGUUCUAAACAGAUGUCUGGAAUCCAUAUCCGAUCCGUUCAAAAAACUCCAGAAAACGUAUCUGUGGAACCGAGCGUCUGUUUGCGAAGAUGUCUGCGUAAGCAAUAAUCUGGACUCAAAUCAAGAGAUCGACGCUUUGGUUGAGGCCUCGAGAUGUUUGGUGGACGGAAAUGCUCAGUUUUGUCGGAUUUACGUUAGCUUCAAUCUGCUAGAUUUCGACUAUUUCGGCCAUGAAGAUAGGCUCUGCAAAUUAUACAAGGAAGUUUUCCAAUCGAAUGAAAGUCUGAUUUUGAGCAAGAUUUUUAUGAAUUUUCUGCCGGCUGGAAAGUUUCCCUUCUCGUUUGAUAAACCAUUGGACUCCAAGGACGUUGAUCAGUUGAAGCUCUUCCUCAAACAAGUGUCCAGCAAAUUAAAUUUGGACGUCAAAAUCCACUUCGAAGGUGAUCUUGAGGAACGAAGGGUUAAAAACUCGAUGCGAGAAUUGUUCAUUUUCAGUCUUUUAACAGAAAAGUACGAAUUAGCCGAAGAAUUGUGGAUAUACUUACCAAAUAAAAUCACGACUUGUCUCUUCGCAGCAGCGGUUUUGACUCAAAUUGGAAGUCGCUUCCAUAAAAGGAAGUUGGAUUUGCAGAAAAAUUUCGAAGAGGUAGAAAAAGCAGGGCGGCAUUUCGAAGCGAAGGCUUCAGAGAUGAUUGAGUUUUGCCACAGAAGGGAUCCGGACAGAACUGGCGCUUGUAUGAAGAUCAAGUAUCCGGACUGGUCUGAUAUGGAUAUGGCUGGCUUCGCGCAGAGCUGUGGAAGCUCAAGAGAGUUCCUCUCGACGGAAGCAUGCACCCAUUUCACCCAGCAAAGAUGGUACCACUUCAUUCACCCGGGAGAACACAUGGCUAAAAUAGGACUCUGUGCCGUCUUUCCCUUCCUGUGUGUACUGCUGUUGCUGGAUGUGGAUGACAACCACGAGGACAAACUGACCAAGAGGCUAAAGAGCGGACAUAAUGCAUGGAAGAGAACGAAACGAUUCUACAGGUGCCCGGUAACAAUCUUCAUGCUGAACCAGCUGUACAACCUCAUCUUUGUCGUCCUUUUUGGAGUGAUGAUUUGUCAAGAGCAAGAUUCGGAUUUCAUGGCUCUCGAAAUAGCCAUCCUUUCCUACGCUGGCAUCCAAGUGCUGGAGAAAAUGCGCUAUGUCGUCCUGUUUCGUGUAACUGGAUCAAAAAACUGGACCAGGAUUCCUUUGAUUAUAAGUCUGUCUGCUUACAUUUUACUUCUGGCUGCUUUUGUAGGUCGGUUAAUUCCUGGGAGCGAUCAAGACAAUGUGGCUCAGUGUCUAUACAUUCUCAGUUUUUGCAUGUUUGCAUGCAAAAGCAUGCAGAUGUCAUUUUUGAGCAAAAGCGUUGGACGAAAAAUGAUUAUUUUGCAGCAAAUGCUCCCAGACUUGAUGCAUUACGCUCUAAUUAUGCUGCUCUUCAGUAUUCUCUACGGCGUGGCUUCCUUGGCGCUCAUUAGGAACCAGUUUGGGGAGCUGGAUGAUUUCAUGUACUGGUGGAUGAUAGUGUUCAGACCAGUUCUGCAGUUGUUCGGGGAUCUCUAUCUCGAGGACUUGCAAAUCGCGACAUCCUCGGGAUCCGAGAAGAGUCUGCCCUCGGGGUUCGAAGGCGAAGUUAGUGUGGCACUGGUUCUGAUGUGUGUAUACCUUUUGAUUGUGGGAGUAUUGUUGUUAACGUGGUUGAUAGCUGUGUUUGUGAACAAGUAUAGACAGCUGGAGAUUGAUGCGCACAAAUUGUUGCUGAUCCAACAGUACUACCUUGUGCACGAGUACUUCGAGCGGUCAGCAGUUCCCCCUCCCUUCGUCAUCAUUCCGUUCUCAGUGUUCUGGUUGAAAGCCAUCUACAAACAGAAGCUCCCAGAUGGAAGUGACUUCACUCGGGGAUACAAGAAUAAUGUGAGAGAGAUACCCCAGUUGAUCCAGUGGGAGAGUGGCCAGAUAUCUGAUCUGUUGAGGAUGAAGAAAACGGCCAAGAGUGAGCACUUGUUCCAGAUGGAAGCAACGUCUGCCGACUCUAGAAUUGACAGUGGCGACUUCAAAAGCGAAAAUACAGCAAGACCCACCCUCAAGCCAGCCAAUGAAUCGGGCGAAGCGAAAAGCUUCGAAAUGUUUCAAGACAUUCUAUCUCAGCAAACGAAGAAGUUGGAGACUAUAGGAGAGCAAAUAGCUCUCACCCAAUAUUCUAUCCAGUCUCUGAAAGAACGAAAGUCCAGAAGGAAGUCAAGAGUACGCGAUGAGGACCAGAGACAGGAGUCCAGUCUCGUGUCAAGGUCUUCGUCAGCAAAGAAGUGACUAUUGUAGUAGCUGAAGUAUUAAUGAUUUCAAUUCAAUUUACAUAAAAUUUUGAAUUUCUAAUGCAAAUUCAAUUUGGCAUUCGCAAUUA